AUGGACUCUGAUGUUUGGUUGAGGGGAAGGCCUGAAUCAUGUGGUGCAUCAAGUUCUAAAGCAUGUAGGGAGAAGUUGCGGAGGGAUAGGCUAAAUGACAAGUUCAUGGAAUUGGGGUCUAUCCUUGAUCCUGGAAGGCCUCCUAAGAUAGACAAGGCUGCUAUUUUGGUUGAUGCUGCUCGAAUGGUGACUCAGCUGAGGGGUGAAGCUCAGAAGCUGAAAGAUUCAACUUUGAGUCUGCAGGAGAAGAUUAAAGAGCUGAAGGCUGAGAAGAAUGAGCUUCGAGAUGAGAAGCAGAGGCUGAAGGCUGAGAAAGAGAAGCUGGAGCAACAACUGAAGACAAUGAAUGCCCAACCUGGGUUCCUGCCUCCACCUUCUGCUAUCCCAGCUGCCUUUGCUGCUCAAGGCCAAGCUGCGGGCAACAAAUUGGUUCCAGUCAUUAGCUACCCAGGGGUUGCCAUGUGGCAGUUCAUGCCACCUGCUGCUGUGGAUACUUCGCAGGAUCACGUGCUCCGCCCACCUCUUGCUGCACUUUUGCAGUGCAUACAGCUGCCUCUGAGGGAGGGAAUUGUGGGAGGGCAGAUAAAGUCCAGUUGGCAUCUUUUAUUCAUCAUUCCCACAUCUCUCUUGUCCCCUCAAAAUCUCCCCCGCACCACAAAAAUUGUUCUUCUAUCCACUCGGCCUUCUAUCUCCUCCCCUACUCCACCCACCUCCAAAGAAGAGGCGAUCCUCCAAGCCAAAACCUCCCUCUCCGCCAUCCUCGAGAAGCCCCUCAACAAUCCCAAGCUGGCCGGAAAACUCAAGAAGCUGAAACAACCCAGACUCCGCGUCGAAAUUCCGGUAGUCGACGACGACUCGCCGGUGUCACUGACCCAGCUGGCUCUCCAAGUGUUCGGCGACUUACCCAUCAAAAGAAAAGGCUCUCCCGUUAAAGUUCUAAUCCUAUGGCGAAAUCCCAAUUUAACAGAAAUUGCAAAUGAAACUUUUGACUCAAAUUUAGUCGAACAUUCGGACAUUUCAUCCUAUGCUAGCAAUUAUGAUGCCAGAGAUCUCAAUUCUGCUGACGUGGGAGUGUUUUUGGCACCAGAAACUUCGCAAUUGGAAGUUAUGGAAAGGAUUAGCGACAUUUUGUACCCAAAGCCAGUGGUGAUUUUUAAUCCCAGAUGGGGUUUUGAGGAGGAAAACAGUUUUCAGGGCUUGGGUGGCUUUGUGCGUUCAUUCGAGGUGGUUUAUUCAUUCAUGGGCUUGGAGGUUAGAGGAGUUCUGAGUAAGAGAAAAGGUGUGAUUUUCAAGUGUGUUAGACAUGGGGUUUUGAGUGGAGAGAAGUGGAGUGUCUUGGUUGAAGAAGAAGGAGAACUGAAACUGGUUUCUAGUUUCAAGGCACGGCCAUCAAUCACUGAAGUUGAGACUGUCUUGUACAAUUUGAUGGCUAUUAACUCUCCCAUUACAAAGUCUGCCAAGUUUUUGAAGGAUUUGGUAUCAAAUGUAACUGGUAAAAAGUAA